UAGUGUAUUAUUGGGCUAGCCGUAGAAUAAUUAACAAGCCCAUUGGACCCGCCAAUGGGAUAUAUCGAAAUUAUACGUGUAUAUAUAAUAUGUAUAUAAUACGUGAUUGCGUAUGCGUGGGCAUUAUCUUUUUUAGAAAAAACAUGUUUAAAUAAUCAGACAAUAUUUCCAUGCUUUGACUGAGCUGUCACUUCAAUCGAGGCUCCUUUUUGUUGAAUACUGAGGUAGCUGUCUUUGUUGAGGGUGUUAAUGGACCAUUUUACCCUCCGUAUUUUGUUAUAUUAUGUAACCAAUCCCUGCAAAAAGAAAAAAAAGAAAAUCAUUGAAUAAUUCUUGAAUUUAUUGCAACAGAAAAUGAAAUUAAGUCGUGAUUUAUUGAAUGGGUAUUUAAUUGCAAUACGCCUACUGAAAAAUGACAUCAAAAGAAUACAAUUCAAUUAGAAAUGUCAUCAAUAUUUUUAUUGGAAGAAAAUACAUGGAUGGUAUUGGUCUAAGGUCAAAAGUGUCAAAUACAGGGAAUAGGCAAAAAACUCUUGCUGGGAAUGAAGCCCAAAAUUAAAUAAAUAGAUUUUAUUUCUUAUUUUGAGAAUUACAGAUGGGUUUUGGUUUGACCACUGUUGCUUUUUUAUAGUAUGUAUAUAUAUACACAUAUAAUAUAUAUAUAUUUAGAUAUAUAUUAAUAAUCUGUAUUGUUGAUUUAUGCUGCUCGUGUAUUCUCUCUCUCUCUCUCUCCAACUAUUACUUUUAAGAAAUCACCACAAUCCCUCUCCUCUCCCUCCCAAAAUUCUCCUCCCUACAUUUCCUCAUUGUAUUCAUUUGACUUGCUUCUAGGGUUUUUACGUUCUGCCCAAAUUAAGUCGUAAAUUGUGAAUAUUUAGAAAUUUUGCCGAUUUGGUGCCUGUUUGAUGAGCGAUAAUCUGUGAAGAUCCAGACUUCAUCUCAAAUUCGUUCAAGAUUGGACUCAAUUUUGACCUCCGGAACUUAAUAUACCUGGUUUAAGAUCAGAAUUAACUUGCAACAUGGGAUGCUUUACGGUUUUAAAGAGUAAGAAGAAGAAAUCUGAGCAGACUAUCUAUGUUAAACGUGUAAACCCACAGGAGCAUUCACCGACCAUGUUACCUGAACCCCAGUCGAAUGGACGUUCUUUGCAGUCUGCACCCCCAAGCUUUAGAACCAGAGUAAAACCCGUUCAGUCAAAUAGUGGAGUAAGCAGUAGCAGGGCAAGGGCAUUGUCAGCCCCAUCAAGUCUUGAUGCUGCAGAACAAGAUGCAUUGACAUCUACUGAAUGUGAGGAACAAGAAGAGCCCAGGAGUCGGUUUGGGUCAAUGAAGGAACAUAAUUCACCGAGCCCACAACCUCUUCCUCUUCCAUCACCCCGUGGUACUAAUGCUCUUAAGGCUACGACAAGCUUUAAAAUGAUUAAUGUUAGUGGCCCUCUUAAUAUGUCUGGACCACUUCCUCUACCUCCUACUUCGCAUCCAACUCUGACAGCUAAAGGAACCCUUCAUAAUUUUUCUUACGAAGAAAUCGCGUCAGCUUGUCAUAACUUCUCUCCAGAGAGAUGCAUGUCUGAAGGUCUCUCUUCUGUUAUCUAUCGAGCUUCUUUUGCGGAGGAUGCAUCUGGAUCAAGAAAACUCGAAGCCACUGUGACUCGCCUUCACCCUUGCAACCAGGGUUUGAAGGAAUUUGUGAAUGAUGUAAAUAAACUUGCAUCUUUACAACAUCCUUUCCUAUGCAAAUUGAUUGGCUUUCAUGCACGUGAAGGCUCAGACCAAAGAAUGUUGGUUUAUGAGAGGCUAUUUCAUGGGAGCUUAGAUAGGCUUCUGUACGGAAGAUCAGAUGGCCCACCCAUUGACUGGAAUAGCAGAAUGAAAGUUGCUUUAUGUGCCGCACAAGGUCUAACGUUCCUGCAUGAGGAGGGACCCUUUCAGGCAAUGUUCCAUGAAUUUUCGACUGCAAAUAUACAAAUCGACAAGGAUUUUAGCGCCAAGCUUUCCGGGUAUGGUUGCAUCAGCCACAUUCCAGAGAAGGAUAUAUCCAGCAGCUCAGUUGCUGUGGCAAAUCUUUCAGUGGAGACACUGGAGAAAGGGUUACUGACCCCGAAGAGUAACGUAUGGAGUUUUGGAAUCGUGCUCCUUGAAUUGCUCACAGGCAGGAAAAAUCUAGACAGCAGGCACACAAAGGAAGAAAGAAACCUAGUAAAAUGGAGCCGACCUUUCCUAGCCGACGACUGUAGAUUAUCCCUAAUCAUGGACCCUCAGCUAAAGGGCCGUUUCCCAACCAAAGCUGCUCGAACGGUGGCUGACAUGGCACAACGGUGCCUCCAGGUGGACCCCUCAGAGAGGCCCACCAUGAGAACUAUAGUCGAGCAUCUCAAAACCAUACAGGAUAUGAAAUAUACGUCCAGGUUUCCUCUGCAAGAGCCAGGUUCGAUUAGUGGGAAGCAUAUGUUGAGAUCACCUAGCCUGAAUGGAAUAGGGGUCCCACCUCCAAGAUCGAAUUUUUCUCAUUCACCUCCGACAAACAGACCAGCUAUUUCUACUACAGCUCUGCAUGCACUGCCAUUGGCUCCACCUCCCAGAACAUGUUCGUCUAUGGUCUUAUUGGAGGAAACUGAUCGACAGGAAAGCCGCCGAUCUUCAUCCUCAAUUGUUCGUAGAUCUAGUUUCAAGGAUUUUGAUUGUUAAAUAGUGAAACUUUUUUUUUUCGAUUUUUUUCUCUUCUUAUUAUUAACUAUCUGAAAUGUGAUCUUACAUAUUAUAUUAAUAUAUUAUAUAUAUAUAUAGAAGAUAAAGAUAUUUUUCACAACAUUGAGUAGAAAUAGAUUUGGUGUUGAUGUUUUCUUGUAAAUAGAAUUCUCUUGGAGUGGGCUAGUUUCCACUUUCCACCUCUCAAAGUGCUGCUUUGAGAUACUGCCCCCUCCUUUUUUUUU